UGGUUUAUAGUGUAGAUAAUGUAAAUAGUAUGUUGUGAGUGUUGGUGAACUCCAUGGCGGAGGGCAGGAACGGCGUCUCACUCGAGCGGGUGUGGCGUCUCUCUCUCACUCCGCCAUGUCGUCAGGGUCAUGGGGUCUGUGAAAAAUUCUGUAUGUUCUGGUCAAAGUGGCAGCAAUGGAAGGAGGAGUAUGAUGACAUUGUUCAUUGGUGGGAAGUAGGGAAAGCACAAAUACAAGUGUUCUGUCAGAACUACACUGCACUCUCAAAUAGCCUCACCAAAUUAACCAUCAAAGCCCUCGAGAAGGAAAUCACAAAACUGAGGAUGAGCUCAUCAACAAAGACUCUGAUAAAGUGAAGGAAGCUACUGAAGGAUCUACCAAGACUAACAGAUGCACAGAGACAGCGCCUGGACCCAGAGAUUCAACUGGAGGAAAUGUCUGAGGCAGUGUACAGGUUCCUCUGUAACAGUAGAAAUGUCCUCCAGAAUGAGCGACUCUGUGAAACAGGACAUAAAGAAAGAUGAGAGUCUGAUUCAGGGUAAGAGAUCAGACUCACCUGAACCCAGCUGUGUGUCCAUGAAGAGUGAUGAGUCAAUGAAUCGUCCAAUUGACCUUAAAGACACAGACUGUACUACUGAUCUGAGACUGCAGAAGAAGAAAUCAAAAAUCACUGAGAAGAGUCAUUUAGAGGCCAUAUUCAAGGAUCUGGAGCACAAAGUCAUCACUCUGAUACAGAAUGAACUGAAGAGAUUUAAGAAGCUCCUGAGUCCAGAUUACCCAGCAUGCUCUGAGAGGGAGGUGGAGGAUGAGGAGGAUCAGAGCAGUGUCAGAGAGGGAGUGCUGAAGAUCACACUGCACUUCCUGAAGAACAUGAAGCACACAGAUCUCGCUAACACACUGCAGAACAAACUCGUCUCUGUGCACCAGCGAAAACUCAAAUCCAAACUGAGAGAGAAAUGUAAAGAAUCUGAAGGAAUCUCACAGCAUGGAAGCUCAGCACUUCUGAAUGAGAUCUACACAGACCUCUACAUCACAGAGGGUUGGAGUGGAGACGUCAAUAAUGAACAUGAGGUGAGACAGAUUGAGACAGUGUCCAGGAGACCAGCAACACAGGAGACACCCAUCAAAUGUAAUGAUCUCUUUAAAGACAAGUCCAUCAGAAGUGUGCUGACUAAAGGAGUUGCUGGAAUUGGAAAAACAGUCUCUGUGCAGAAGUUCAUUCUGGACUGGACUGAAGGAAAAGCAAAUCAGGACGUCACCUUCAUGUUUCCACUUCCCUUUAGAGAGCUGAAUCUGAUGAAGCAGAAACAUCUCAGUCUGAUGGAUCUUCUUCAUCACUUUUUCCCAGAAAUAAAAGAAUUACGAUUAAUAGACUGUGAGAGGAAUAAAGUGGUGUUGAUCUUUGAUGGUCUGGAUGAGUGUCGACUUCCUCUAAAUUUCCAGAACAAUAAGAGAUUGUGUGAUGUGACAGAAUCAGCCUCAGUGGAUGUGCUGCUGACAAACCUCAUCAAGGGAAAUCUGCUUCCUUCUGCUCUCCUCUGGAUCACCUCUCGACCAGCAGCAGCCAAUCAGAUCCCUCCUGAGUGUGUAGACCAGGUAACAGAGGUACGAGGGUUCAGUGAUCCGCAGAAAGAGGAGUACUUCAGGAAGAGGAUCAGUGAUCAGAGCCUGGCCAAUGAAAUCAUCACACACAUGAAGUCUUCAAGAAGCCUCUACAUCAUGUGUCACAUCCCAGUCUUCUGCUGGAUCUCAGCCACUGUUCUAGAGGGAAUGUUGGGUGAAGCAGAGACUGGAGAGAUCCCCAAGACACUUACUCAAAUGUUCACACACUUCCUGAUCUUUCAGAUCAAACACAAGGACCAAAAGUACUAUCAGAAAUGUGAACCUGAUCCUCAGCAGACCAGAGAGAGUAUCCUGGCACUGGGAAAACUGGCUUUCCAACAGCUGGAGAAAGGAAACCUGAUCUUCUAUGAGGAAGACCUGAGAGAGUGUGGGAUUGAUGUGAGAGAAGCAUCAGUGUACUCAGGAGUGUGUACUCAGAUCUUCAGAGAGGAGUUUGGGCUUCACCUGGGGAAGGUGUUCAGCUUUGUACAUCUGAGUGUUCAGGAGUUUUUAGCUGCUUUAUACACAUUUCUCUCCUUCAUCAGCAGAAAUGUAACAGAACAACAAACCACUGAUCUGUCUGAUCUUUUCACCAAAUCAAACAUGUCUGAUUUCCUGAGGUGUGCAGUGGACAAGACCUUACAGAGUCAGAAUGGACACAUGGACCUGUUCCUCCGCUUCCUUCUGCGUCUCUCACUGGAGUCCAAUCAGACUCUCUUACGAGAUCUACUGCCCGAGACAGGAAGUAGCUCUCAAAGCAAACAGGAAACAGUCGAGUACAUCAAGAAGAAGAUCAGAGAAAAUCCAUCUCCAGAGAAAUCCAUCAAUCUGUUCCACUGUCUGAAUGAACUGAAUGAUGAUUCUCUAGAACAGGAAGUACAACGUUACCUGAACAGAAGAGAUUCCUGGUGUCACAGUGAAGUCAGACUCUCUCCUGCUCAGUGGUCUGCUCUGGCAUUUGUGUUGCUGAACUCAGAAGAGAAUCUGGAUGUGUUUAAUUUGAGUAAAUAUGAAGGAUCAGAUGAAUGUCUUCUGAGGUUGCUGCCAGUGGUCAAAGCAUCCAGAAAAGCUGAGUUGUGUGGGUGUAAUCUCACAGAGGAAAGCUGUAGAAUUCUGUCCUCAGUUCUCAGUUCAAACUCCUCCAGUCUGAGAGAACUGGACCUGAGUUACAAUCACCUGCAGGAUUCAGGAGUGAAGCUGCUCUCUGCUGGACUGGAGAAUCCACACUGUACACUGGAGAUACUGAGGCUGUGUGGGUGUAAUCUCACAGAGGAAAGCUGUAGAAUUCUGUCGUCAGUUCUCAGUUCAAACUCCUCCAGACUGAGAGAACUGGACCUGAGUGGGAAUAGUAAGCUGCAGGAUUCAGGAGUGAAGCUGCUCUCUGCUGGACUGGAGAAUCCACACUGUACACUGGAGAUACUGAGGUUGUGGGGGUGUGAUCUCACAGGUGAAAGUUGUAGAAUUCUGUCCUCAGUUCUCAGUUCAAACUCCUCCAGUCUGAGAGACCUGGACCUGAGUUGGAAUAAACUGCAGGAUUCAGGAGUGAAGCUGCUCUCUGCUGGACUGGAGAAUCCACACUGUACACUGGAGAUACUGAGGCUGGAAUGGUGCAGUAUUACACGUGAAGGUUGUGCUGCUCUGGUUUCAGCUCUGAGGUCAAACACCUCAUCACACCUGAGAGAACUGCAUCUGAAGAAGAAUAAAGCAGGAGAAUCAGGAGUGAAGCUGCUCUCUGAUCUACUGAAGGAUCCACACUGUAAACUGGAGACACUACAGAUCUGAUCUGAGUCUCACACACAGAGGAUUAUGAGGAGAAACUCUUACAAAAAAACAUAAUUUCAUGAUCAGAUUUGUUUUAAAUGUAAUGUAAAUGUGAUUUGUAUAAAGUUUUUUCACUUUAUAAAGUAGAACUGAAUCAGAGUACAGACAAAAAAAAGGAAAACCUUUAUACUGAUACCAAAUUCUAGUUUGUGUAAUUAUGUGAAUAAUUGUGAUUAAUCUUUUAUUUUCACUUUUAUUACAUCAUAUUGUGUUAAUGCAGACUGAGGGUUAUAUUACUACUUCACAACUGUGUUAUAACAGAGCUAUUGUAUAUAAAUAAAGUUCCAACACAA